GGGGUGAGUGGAAAUGUCAGCUGGAAUGUGGGUUUCGGGGAAAAAAAAAUCUUGAUGCUUGUCCAAACCUACUCAUGUUUAUAUUGGAGCCUGUGAGUGACAUCAGAGCAGGGAAGAGUAUAAACACCAGCAGGACCUUACUCCGAGACUUUUAAAACUGCAAACACAUUGCUGCCUCCAAAGUGCCUGGGGACUGAUGUGCUGAAGUGCCAGAGAGUAAGGCAGCAUGAGAAGCCAACUGGAAAAGCAGCUUCUCUUCUUCUCUCUUCUCUGCAUCCUUUCCAAGGUGUGUACUCAGCUCUGCCGGACACCAUGUUACUGCCCCUGGAUCCCGCCCCGCUGCCCUCCUGGCUCCCCUCUGGUUCUGGACGGAUGCGGCUGCUGCAGGAUAUGCGCGCGACGGCUGGGAGAGCCCUGCAAUCACCUCAGUGUGUGUGAUCGGAGCCAGGGCCUCAUCUGUGAUUACAGUGAUGCCCACCUGGGGAGAGGAGGAACCUGCAACUUUGAGGAGGGAGAUGACAGCUGCAAGGUGAAUGGAAAGGUCUAUCAAGACGGUGAGGUGUUCCAGCCCAGCUGUAAGAUCCAGUGCCGCUGCUCAGAUGGAGGUUUCACCUGCGUUCCCCUCUGCAGCGAGGAUGUCCGCCUGCCCACUCCGGACUGUCCCCAUCCGAGGCGUGUGGUGGUCCCAGGGAAGUGCUGUCAGGAAUGGAUCUGUGAGAGGCAAGACAGUCACUUCCUUCAGGAUGCCAAGCCAGUGCUUAGGCCACCUGGGACCGCAUCAGCAAGCUUUCCCUACCCCUGUGAAGAAUGGAGCACAGAGUGGAGUACCUGCUCUGCAACCUGUGGCAUGGGGAUUUCUACACGGGUGUCAAACCAGAAUCGGUACUGCAGGUUCGAAACUCACCAACGCCUGUGCAUGCUUAGACCCUGCCAGGCUCUCCCAGGAACUUCUAAUACAAGGGCAAGAGGAGGUGGUUUGUAGCCCUGCCCACACAGUUCAGGUUUUGGUGUCAAGACUUCAUCUCAGACUGACCCCAAGCCCAGGUUGCUAUGGUCGCAGCAGAAAUGGGUAUUCUACCCCCCCAUGAAGCUAGGGGAGAACAGACUGACUUCAGCUGCAAAGGAGGAUGAAGAAUCUGGAACAAGAUCCCCGGCUCCUUGCUCGUGCCCAUUAUGGUUUCUCUAGACAAUGUGGGGAAAUCCUGCCACGUGUAUUUUAAACCGUGCAGUGGCAACGUAAGCUUAUUGCCAGCUUGUGACUGCUGUUGUAGUACGUCCCUUGGAAAUGAUGCUGUGUGGGUUCAGUCACUCAUGGGAUCAUGCACGAACCCCUCUGUGGGAGAGUAAUUAUAAUGCCCCAGCAGGCCAGGCUGUCACUGCUUUUCCAAGUAGGUUUUUAUCAUUCAGAAUUAAGCAAUGGGGUUAGUCUGGAGUUAGCUUUGCAUGUGGAGCCUGGAGCUGUCACUCUCAGGCAGGUUCUGGCUACCCGCUGCAUGAGGGGAUCCCUUAGGAGUGCCAGGAUCCCCCAGGGAAUGCUCAAAUGGAGCAGUCACUGCAGUAGGGGAGGCAAGGAGGGUACAGUAAGGCUGGAUCUUCAGACACAAAUGUGCUCGGCGUUCCAGGCUAGCUCCAAGGCUCACUGAAGUCGAUGGACAGAUUCCCAUUGAUGUCAGUGGGCUUUGGAUCAGGCCCUGAGAGUGCUGAAGAGUGCAAUUCCCUGUACUUAGAUGUAAAAGCAUUAUUAAAGGUUAGCAGAUCUCUGCCUCUCCUCUGUCUGUAUUAGGGUUCCGUAUGGAACGUUCGGCUAUCAGCAUUGCCUAUGGGAAUGUCUGCCUCAGAUUAUCCCGGAUGCGUGCUCUAAAGCAGUGAAUGCCUUCCCAAGCUCUGGAGCAGUAUCCACAGCAUCACUGGUGCUUCAGCGCAUAGGCGCCAACUCCGUGGGUGCUCUGGGGCUGGAGCACCCACAGGGAAAAAUUGGUGGGUGUUCUGCACCCACCGACAGUCAAACUCCCCACCCCGCCCCAGCUCACCUCAUCUCCAUCUCUGUCUUCUCCCCUGAGCGCACCGGGUCCCUGCUUCUCCUCCCAGUUCUUGCCGCCGCAAAACAGCUGUUUUGCAGCAUAACAAGCUCUAGGAGGGAGGGGGGAGGAGCAGGAAUGCGGCGCGCUCAGGGGAAGAGGUGGGCUUGGGGCGGGGAUUUGUGGAAGGGGUUGGAAUAGGGGCAGGGAGGGGUCAGAGUUGGGCCAGGGACUUUGGGGAAGGGGUUGGAAUGGGGGUGGGACGGGGUGGAGUCAGGGCAGGGGGGCGUCGAGCACCCACCAGCAGAAGUUGGUGCCUAUGCUUCAGCGGCCUUUGCAAUUGGUACUCUAGGAUCCCCUGUCUAUCUUGGGAUGAGUCUCUAUGCUUGGCCUACCUUCCAUUCGGUUGUGCGCCUUCCAUAGAGCUUCGGCUGCUCACCACUGUGAGACAGGAGUAUGAAGCAGGCCAAACACCAUGGGGUUAGAGUAGAUACAGUCAAAUGGAAGCAAUCAUUACCUGCUGGUAGAGUAUGACUCAGAGUCCAUUAAUUUGGCACAGUUGCCCAGAAAAAGUUUGGGAACCUCUAUAUUGAAGUAUGAAUAAAAAAACAAAAAGUUAGAACAAGAAAUAGGUAUGGCCACCCCAAAUCCUUCUAUUUCUCCAGAUGCAGCCUGCAAGGAGGGGAAUGCUUCUUUCCAAGGUCUGGGGAUGAUUUCUUGAUAUAUUUCUUACUUGCCAGAUUUUCAAAGGCCCAACAUGCCUGUAGCCAACUCCUGAUACUUGUGUACAUUAGGGUUUGUGCACACACAAAAGAGAGGGGUGCAUCAAAAAUGCUGCUCCUUCACCCAAAUGUCACACAUACUGCUCUGCUUUGUUUUAAUUUGCCAGCUAAUGCCAAGACAUUGAUUGUCUCAAACAUUAGAAAAAACACUGUAGGGAACAAUUCUGUACGGACCUUCAGGGAAAGGACUAGAUGGCACCUAAUACCAUAAGUUCUUAUCUCUGAUUUGUAGAGUUCUAUGAUUCACAUACAAUCAGCUCAUUAUAUCCAGCUACUACCACAAAUAAAUAGCACAUAUUCAAAUUGUCAUCAGAACAGAAGUCUUCCUUAUGAUAGUUUUAAUUCACCU